AUGGAGAUUAACAUCCAGAUCAAGAAUGCGCAGCCAGAAGACUUACUGCAGGCGUUUGCAGCAUUAAGUGGAGGAGCGGCAUCCUCAACGACAGCGGACUCCACAGCCGAGGAUACCGAGCAGAGUGCAGUUGGAUCUGGUGCAAAGGCAAAGCGAAAAGCUCAGCCAUUCUCGGCGAGAAGCCCCGCCUACGCCAAAGCCGUCAUCUUCGUCGGGAUUGCCCGCGCUACCAGCCGUGCCAUUGCAAACAACGGCAAGCACAAGACCCGCCAGACCACUGCUGGUCAAAAAGAGAGCCAUGGACUCCAGAUCUCCAAGACGCAGUCCCUCACGAAGGAGCCCCAGCGACUCAAGGACCACCAGACCGCGGGCAAUAUUAAGAUCCAGAUCGCGCACUCCCAUGACAAGAUCCAGAUCUCGCGCUCCCAGGACAACAUCCAGAUCGUACGCUCCCAGGACAACAUCCAGAUCUCAUUCCCCCAGGACAAUGCAGAGAUCCAGGGCAUCGGGCAGUUCAAGGUCAACUGGAAGGACAUUGAGAUUCCACAGUUUCCCAUACACGACUCCACCAAACAGUACGUGGAUGCACUUUGCGCUGCAGCGGAGUUCAGGAUCGACCAGGGAGUUCUCUUGGAGCAUGACCUCACGUGGGACAGAGGAGGCGACCCAACUCCAGAGACAAUGAGAAGAUUCUAUUUCUUGCAAUCUUCAGACCUCACCCUGCAAAAUCCUCCUCUACCAACUCGGCAAGAAAAGAUCUUAUUCUGGUCGCAUGCAACAGAUGUGGGAGCGUUAUUCAACAUGUUGAAAGAGCGAAAUAUGCGCCCGAUGAAUGCGCAUGGAGUGGCAGCCUUUGGAUGCAACAUCUUCUAUGCCCUCGGCCACGAGAUGUCCGGAUCAGACAUCGACGAACACAACCUGACCAGGGUGAUCUUCAACACCACAAGGAGCGCGAAGAACCUGGCAGGCAUCGUCGUGGGAGGCCGUGCAUGGGGAUCACUUCGCAAGCAUCUUGGCGGAUCCUAUGAAACAGCUCGGGCAGCCACUGAAGAGGACGAGGUGCUCAAGGAUGCGAAUGCAAAAGCUUAUUGUGUAUCUCGCAACAGAUAUUGCUUUACAUGCAUUGCGUUCGAGCAGCUGAUGACACCGCCUUCAACAGCCAAUACGCUCAUCUCGCAGUACCAGAGAGCUGCAGGCAUCACUCCCCAAGGGAGCAUCGAAUAUGCCGUGGUGGGCGUCAGGCAGCGGGAGCGCAUCGAGCACACCAACUCCGGCACCCUUGCCAGCGACAACACCGCUGCCGUCGUGGCCACCUAUGCCUCCGCCAGCAUCCAGCCCGGCUACACAACCUUUGACCCAGACCACUAUGAUACGAACCUUGUAUUCAAAGCAACAUUGAAGAGGACAAUAGAGCCAACAGCUUGGAGCCGUGCCAAAGGACUUGCAGGAAUGGACGUCCGUGAUGUCACAGUUGCGCAUCUUUGCAGGCAUGGCAUGGAGGAAUUUGGACUCCGAGGACUUUCCCACGGCAAGUUCACCGGCAUGAUUCUGACCCGCAACAUCGCCGAGAGCGUCCUCCUCUCCCAGCUCCAGAAGAAGCUCCGCGAGAACAACAUCGACGUGGAUGCCACCAUCGACGCCAUCCACCAAAGCAAAGGACCAAAAGCCCCUGACAAGGUGAAAGAGGCCAUCACCUUUGUUGCACCCCUCGUCGACACCAUCAUGGAGGCCAUCAAGCCUUGGGCACAGGUGCGCAACUACGGCGCCAAGAACACCGAGGGCGACAACCAAGCAGCACAACGCAUGCAAGCCUUGGAAGAGCAGACCGCCAAGUACAAACAACGCCUACGCAGUGCCGGCAUCGACGUCACCCCCCAAAAGUCCCUCCCACUGCAAAAUGAGCCAAACGAAGGCCCAGAAGCAACGGCGGCACCACCAAAGCGCAGACGACUCACAAAGGGAGCCAUCAAGCAGCGCAAUGAGGACAUCCUCGCCGAGCCCCACAAUGUGAUCCGUGCCAGUGGACAAGAGCCUCCGACAAGUAUGACAUCAAUUGCAACUUGGAUCACCAACCUCAAGAAGAGUCUCCCCCGAGACAAGCAUGCGGAAGUGGAUAACCACAUACAGUCCGUGCAGACCAUCCUCGAAGGCGCCAAAUACACCAAGGCCGAACUACAGGAGAUGGCUACGAGAUGGGGACUUCCCAUGUCCCUCACUACAGCGCCAAAGGCCUCACCCAAAAACCUUCAGCAGCUGAUCGCCGCCGUCACCUACCUCGCCGUGCUCAACAAGCAAACCUAUGCGACUGCUACCAGGGACGCAUCAUUUUGCUACAUCGGAUCCACCAACAUCACGGUGGCCAAGAGAGAGUACAACAGAGUCGCAAAACUUCGUCAACUACAACAACUCAAACUUCCCAAAACCGAGAUCGCCAUUCGUUAUUGGAACGAUUCCCAGACCUACCAGCACUACAGCACCAUCCUCCUUUCGCAGCACUCGGAGUAUAUUGACGCCUGGGCCGAAGAACACAGCCUGAUUCAGAGAUGGCAGCCCAAGCUGAACUACCCGUUUGUCACGAAGGAGCUGGUCAAGAAGGCGCAUGGAUUGGCGCAAUUCUGGAAGCUCUUGUACGCUAUCUCAAGCGACACCAAGCAAGAAUUUGAGGCCUCCAAGGAGCUACGCAGUGGAAAACAUGACUCCGAAACAGUUACCCUGCUCUACAGACUUGCCAACCACAUGGAGGCAACGCACCCCUCUCUCGAGCGAGCUCUGUGGAACCACAAGCGGAAAGUCACCGAUAUGGGCCGACACUGGAAACCUACAGAAUGUCAGUGUGCCCAAUUCAUCAAGCAACAUCCGCGAGCACAAGUACACGAAGGACAUGUGGUGACCGGCUUAGAAACCUUACAACUACACAGCACAAACCAGAUCUUUCAGAACAUUGGGGCCGGGAACGCCUUCUACUCCUCCAAGAAGCGUAUCAAGAAGCAGCACCAAGAACAAUUUCAGCGAUGGCUCAAGCACCACCAAUUUCCUCGCGAUCAACGCAUCCUCGACGACUUUGACGACUUCUUUGAGCAGGAGUGGAAGCAACACAGACUACAACUUCAACGAGAGCCACGACUCACGCACAGAUUAGCAAAGAACAUAUUGGGCAUGAUCCCUGAUGACUACAUUGUGCACAACGAGGACCACGCCAACGCGCACCUCAUGAUCUACUGCCCGAACAUCUACAACCAAGCAGCCUACAACACUUGGAUGGACAAACAAACAUUCAGAAUGCUAGAUGCCGACCCUGCCGAGAUCAAGCAAACCAUGAAAAACAACACCCCCAAGAUCGUCGCCAAGCACUAUGCCAAGCUCCUUGACUACGAAAAGCCUCUUCCGUAUGGGUAUAUCCUCAUGAAACGGAAAAAGAGGUGGGCGAAAGGGAGGACUAUUAUCGCGUAUAGCAAUACGUGCAUCGGCAAACUGCUGAAGAUCGCGGCGCUGGCAUUACACCAGAUGUUGAGGAUAACAUGGCCCAACCAUUUUGGCGACGUCAGCUCGCCACAACUAUGGGAGGAAAUACACCAACUCUUCUACAACAACGAGCACCUGUACCCGGAGAGGCACUUGAAAUUUCUCAACCACGAUCUGGUCGGCUUCUUUAAUUCGAUACCCCAAUCCGACAUCCUGCAGAGCAUCCAAUUCCUCACAUCUCAGUUCCUUGACGAGCACAACGCCACCAUCACCGUCGAUCCGCACAACAAGGUCGCACCAGCGCAUUCAGGCCGCUCAACACACAGCCUGAAGUCCAACAUGGUCAAGAUGCAGGCGGAGCACAUACCAGCCAUCAUUCAGUUCAGCUUCGACGCGUGUGCUUUCACAGCCAUUGGCGAAGUCUUCCAACAGACAUGCGGCACGUCGAUGGGAAACCAAAUCAGCCCCAUCCUCUCCACGUGCGCAAUCGUGGCCACAGAAAUCACAUGGCUACGGAUGUACGGUCAAUUUGUCAGCAGCGCCCAUCUCCACGACAAGUUCUGGAUCCGCAGGUACGUCGACAACAGAGCCAUUAUUGUUGAUGAAGACGAACUUCAGCACAACCCCUUCAUUCAGCAACUUGCGUCCCUGCACUUCUACAAGAAACCAGUACAACUUGAAGACGAAGCGUGUGACGAUUUUCUGGGAUUUCGCAUUCACGCAGACAAUCGCAAAAUCACGUACAAUCUCCACCGCGAGCCUUGGAGAUACAGACUCCCUCAGUCAGCCGGAACUACAAAGCUACGCCUCAGCGGAUAUCACAGCAGAAAGCAUCUCAUCCGCACCAUUGCCUACCCGGAAGAUGUAGCCCAGAGACAAAUUCAAGAACUGGACGACCUCUACGGUGAUUUAGGGUAUGCGCGCCUUCUGAAAACUCAACAGAGCCAGAGACCGGACACCUAUGGGUUGAAGAAGACGACGGACCUGACCUAUCCCCAAAUGGACAACAUCGCGGUCACAACCUUGAAGUCAAACUAUCGCCUGAUCAUCUCGGCCUACACCACCAACCGCAUCGAGGACAUUUGCAGAGAAGACAAACGCUACCUUCGCAUGCUUGGCUUCAACCUCCCAUAA